ACUAAGAAUCUGUCAGGAUGAAGAGCAGCUUGUUCUGAAACAGRAAACCGAGGCUAUAUUGGUGACUCCUUCUGACGUGCAAAUGAUUAACUAUGAAACGGAACCAAACAGGAACCAACUUGUCUCCUCUGCCUCUCCUGAAGUUGAGAACCAGAAUCAGGAGGGAAGAAAAAAAAAAGAGAGAAGAGCAGAAACAACAUGAGAGAUAUCAGAAAACCAGACAGCAGAAAGGUUCAGAUAACUCAAGACAAAAAACAAACAAAACUCAAACAGACCAAACUUUAAUUUCUUGUGACUCCUUUUCUCAAAAGAGUCGCUUGGCUAGACAUGUGAGAACUCACACGGGCGAGAAACAUUUUACAUGUACGACCUGUGGAAAAAGUUACUGUGACAAAGGUAGUUUAAUUUAUCACAUGAGARGUCACACAGGGGAAAACCCAUUCACAUGUGUCAUUUGUGGAAAAAGUUUCCGUCAGAACAACAUUUUAAGUAUUCACAUGAGAACUCACUCAGGUGAGAAGCCUUAUUCAUGUACAACCUGUGGAAAAAGGUUUUCUAAAAAUAGUAGUUUAAAUUGUCACAGUAGAAGUCAUAUGGGUGAGAAACCUUUUUCAUGCAUUGCUUGUAGAAGAAGUUUCAGUCAAAAAUCUMUUUUAACCAUUCACAUGAGSACUCACACUGGUGAGAAGCCUUUCUCAUGUACAACCUGUGGAAAAAGUUUCACUCAGAAAGGUAAUUUAUCUGAUCACAUCAAAACUCACACAGAUGAGAAGCCUUUCACAUGUUCUACUUGCGAAAAAGAUUUCAGUCAAAAAAGCCACUUAAAGAUUCACACAAGGACUCACGCAGCUGAGAAACCUUUCUCAUGUACCACCUGUGGAAAGAGUUAUAGUGAGAACAGUGGUUUAACUUGUCACAUGAAAACUCACUCGGGCGAGAGACACUUUUCCUGUGUGACCUGUGAAAAAAGUUUUAGAAAAAAAUCUCACUUAACACGUCACGAGAAUUCACACUGCCGAAAAGCCUUUCUCAUGUAUGACCUGUGGAAAAACUUUCACUCAAAAAUGUCAUUUAACUUUUCACAUGAGGACUCGUACAGKAGAAAAGCCUUUCUCUUGUAUGACCUGCAGUAAAAGUUAUAGUGAAAAAAGUAGUUUAAAUUAUCACAUGUCAAAUCACACAGGAGAAAAGCCAUUCUCAUGUGUUACCUGUGGAAGAGGUUAUGU